AUGGGCGCCGGCGCGGGGAGCGAGGCCCAGCAGUGCUGCCGGCAGGCGGAGGACCCGGCCGCGCUGGGGGGCGCGAGCUCGCCGCUCCGGGAGCGGGGCCUGUCCCUGGGGACCCCGGCGCCGCCCGCACCGGCCGCGGGCGACGUAGCCGCCCCAGAGGCGGACACACCGCCGAGCCCGGGCGGGGUGCCGAAGCUGGCGGGCGCCACGCUGGCCACCGCGGUCCGCGGCACGCGCAGCGCCAGCAGCGGCGCGGGCGCGGCGUGGGCGGAGCCGGACGCGGAGCUCCCCGGGUUCGUAAAGAGGGAGCGGCAGCUGGCCGCCGCGGCGGCCGGCUCGGUGGACACGGGCUUGUGGCAGCGCGCGCUCGACUCGCUGCGCGGCCACGUCGACGCGCGGUGCGCCCAGGCAGAGCAGCAGGCCCACCUGGCUCUGAAGCGGGCAGAGCAGGGGCCCGCAGGCCCGGCGGCCGGCGGCGCCGUGGCGGGGGAGGACUGGGCGGCCCGGCUGGCGGCGCAUGCCCAGGACUGGGCGUCCCGGCUGGCGGCGCACGCCCAAGAGCAGAGGCAGCGGCUCGAGGAGCUGAACGACGCGUACGCACGCAGGAUCAAGGAGAUCUGCGCCCACGCCGAGGGGCUCAACCGCGAGCUGGAGAGGCGCGUGGACGCGCUCUGGGACGCCGUGGGCGAGGGCGCCGCAGCCGAGCGGCGCCUCGUGGAGCUCGAGGGGGCCGUGGAGGCGCAGGCUGGCCAAUUGGGCGCGCUUCGGGCGCGGCUGGCCGACCUCGCUGGGGACGGCCCGGCGGCGGCGCCGCCGCCCUCAGAGGCCUCCGCGCCAGCGGCGCGCGCCGAGCCACGGCCCCCCGAGCAGCACGAGAGGCCAGUCUGGUGUCACGAGGGCGCGCUGGAGGAGCUCCGGGCGUGCGUGCAGGUCCUCACGGAGAGGCUGGCCGAGGAGGUCCGCUCCCGCGACGAGGCCGUGCGCAGCGUGGAGGCUCAGUGUCUCCGGAUACAGGAGGCCGUGGCGGACCUGGGGCCUACGGCGCGGGAGCAGGGCGAGGUGCUGCCUCCCCCCGCGAGCGAGGCGGCCGCGGAGCCGCAGCUGGAGGCCGCGGCGAGCACGGCCGAGGCCUCGAGGAGCGGCGCCAGAGCCCCCUGCUCCGACCGCUGCCACCAGCCGGCCUCGAGCAGCAGAAGCAUGCCGCGGCCAGAAGACGCGGCUCGGAGGAAGGCGUACCAGCGCCCGGACCCGAGCGCGCCGCACCAGCGGCUCCACGCGUGGCGCCAGGGCGACCAGCGCGCCGCGCCGCAGCCCGGGGCGGACGGGCCCGCCCCCGCGGGCCGCGUCGAGUCCCGGCCGCUCUUCGCCGGCGGCGCCGGCAGCGCGAGCCCGCCGCGACCCGCGGCCGCCUCCGCGGCCUCGGCGCCCCCGCUGCGCUUCGGCGCCCCGCCGCCGCGGCCGGAGCCGCGGCCGCCCGCGGCCGCCGAGCGCAGGGGCGCUGCUGGCGUGCGCGUGCCCGUCGGCCUGCCGGCCGGGUUCGCGCCGGAGGCCCUCGAGCGAUAA